GUGGUGUAACAGUGAGCUGAGUGAAUCCGCAGUGUUUAUAACUCGGCUGUAGGCGGAUUAGAACCCGUGAUAGCGGUUUGUGUCACACACACACACACACACACACACACACACAUCUGAUCUCGGGGACAGUGAACUAGUGCUCGGGGAUUAGUCUGUAGAGUUUCAGCUGAAAUGUUGAGCAGGAGCUCGGUGGAGGAGUUCAACAGCAGGCGGGUGGAUGGCUGAACUGUCAGACUGAGAGAGUGUGUGUGAUUCAGUUUUUCUUUCAGGGUUCCUCUGAAGAGACGUCUUUGGUUCCUAUAGAAGACCCCCGGCGGCACACGUCAUGUCCAAUGCGGACGUAAACGAGAGCACUCCUCUUUUGGACAGCACGGGGACUCAUUACAGGCCGGAGUCGAUUUUCCGAGGGCGUCGCCUGGCGUGCGCCGCCAUCCUGCUGGCCGAGUCUCUGGAGCGCGUGGCGUUCUACGGCAUCACCUCGAACCUGGUGCUGUUCCUCAACAGCAGCCCGUUUUACUGGGAGGGAACGCUAGCCAGCCAGACGCCGCUCAUCUUCAUGGGCGUCACGUAUCUGGUGUCUCCGUUCGGCGGCUGGUUGGCCGACGCCUGCCUGGGAAAGUUCUGGACCAUCGCGGGGAGUUUCAUCUUGUAUUUACUCGGCAUGCUGCUGUUCCCCUUCGUGUCCAGCGAUAACACUCGGGUGGCUCUGUGCGGGGAGGAGAUGGGGUUUCCUGUCCAGCCGGUCGAGUGUUAUAACACGAGCGCGCCACUUCCUGCCAACGUGAGCUGCCCGACGCGGCAGGCCUACUGCGGUCCUGUGAUCUACACGGGCCUGGUCCUGGUGGCCCUGGGCGUGGGAGCGGUGAAGUCCAACAUCACGCCGUUCGGAGCGGAUCAGGUGAAGGAUCGUGGUCCAGAAGCGACGCGGCGAUUCUUUAACUGGUUUUACUGGUGCAUCAAUCUGGGUGCGAUCGUGUCUCUGGGCGGUGUCGCGUACAUCCAGCAGAACGUGAGCUUCUCGGUGGGAUUCACCAUCCCCGCCGUCUGUCUCGGGAUCUCUCUGGUCAUCUUCCUCCUGGGAUUCACCGUGUUCAUCAGCAAACCGCCGGACGGCAGCGCCUUCACACACUUGGUGAAAAUCCUGGGGUCGGCCUGCUGUGGAGGACCUGCACAACCUCAGCUGCUCAGGCCUAAGCCCAGUCUUCUGGACGGAGCGAAGGUGACCUACGGGGGGAAGUUCUCCGAAGAGAAAGUAGAGGAAGUGAAAUCUCUACUGAAAAUCCUGCCUGUGUUUCUAGCACUCAUCCCUUACUGGACCGUCUACUUCCAGAUGCAGACGACGUAUUACCUGCAGAGCCUCCACCUGCACAUCCCCGGCACCGAGGCCCAGAACUCCACGGAGCUCCAGCAGACACGCUUCGUAUUCCCGGCUGCGUGGUUGACGAUGGUGGACGCCGUGUUGAUCCUGAUGCUGAUUCCUCUGAAGGAUAAAGUCGUGGAUCCGAUACUGAAGCGCCGGGGCCUGCUGCCGUCCUCGCUGAAGAGGAUCGCCGUCGGAAUGUUCUUCAUCAUGUGCUCCGCCGUCGCUGCUGGUAUCUUGGAGACCAAGAGGUUGGAGAUCGUUCGCAAUGAGGUCCCGAUCAAUCAGGACCUCGGCGGUGUGACGUAUUACGCAGCCAACCUGCCCAUAUGGUGGCAGAUUCCUCAGUACGUCCUCAUCGGCAUCAGCGAAAUCUUCGCCAGCAUCGCAGGGUUGGAGUUUGCGUACUCGGCGGCUCCCCGCUCCAUGCAGAGUGCUAUAAUGGGUCUGUUCUUCUUCUUCUCUGGUAUCGGCUCGUUUGUGGGCUCCGGCCUGCUCGCCAUCGUCGCUCUCAAACCCAUCGGCUGGAUGUCCUCACACCAGGACUUCGGAAACAUCAACAACUGCACGCUGAAUUAUUAUUUCUUCCUCCUGGCCGGUAUUCAGGGCGUCACGCUCCUCCUCUUCCUCAUCGUCUCAUUCAAAUACGAUAAACAGAGACCCAAAGUGAACCACAGGUCUUCAUUCAACUCCUGACCCACACACACACACACACACACACACACACACACACACACACACACACACACACACACUCUCUGCAGAUUUCCCAGCAUGCCUCAGCAGGCGCCUGUGCCGCACUACCCACCUACAGUUAUUUAUAUAUUUCCUGUUUCUCUCUUCGCUCGGUUUGUAAAGAGAAUCACGUCUCCGCCGCUCGAGGUCACGUUGAAAGAUUUGGGAGUUUUGGUGUUGGAUCUGGAAUCGGCAGCUUCCUCGUCCCCGUGUUCCUGCCUUUCAUUUCAUUUCUCCCGCAGAGCUGACGGGUUUAAUAUCAAGAGAAUAUUCCACCCAUCCUGUGCCUCCUCCCCGCGACUGUGAGUUUCCGUGAAAUGUUCUCACGCGAUCUUAACGAGAGAGAGUCGUGAGAGUGCGCCGAUCAGACCGUCUCCACGAACAUCUCCACAAUCCUCCGUCUUCCUGCUUCAAGCGUUACGCGUUCUCUCGCGCGCUCCUUUUUUAAACGUAAAAGAGCAGCUUGUUUUUUUUAUUUUUUUUGUUUUUAUACUUUUUAAAAUUGCGAUCUCUCUUUAAAGACGAGCCGAUACGCAAACGUGUCGGAUCGUGUCCUCGGUCAGUCGUUUUAUUACUCAUCUAAUCAUUUGUACAUUUAAAAUAUAUACGUAUUAAUUCGACGACGUCGCUGUAGAAUUUUGCCCAGGAGAACAAUAACAGUCACGAUGUUCGCAGAGGGUGUACAAACUUUGGUCUCGGCAUUUCCCCCCUAUCUCAGCACUUCCUCCACGUUCGGUGGUGAUGUCGAUGCAGGAGGCGAGCGUUCCUUCACGCCGAGAUCCGACUCCGCCUUCGUUUUUCACAAGAACGCCGUGUUUGAAUUUCACGUGUUCUUUAAGCCUCAGGAGGAGGAGGAGCCUCAGGUCGGGGAAAGCGAACUGCACACAGCAUAACAAAACGUUUAAUAAUAAAAACAAAUCUUUAUUUUGAUUGUGAUUACCCCAUGUCUGCCUUUUAGUGUGAAAGCUUGUGUUCUGUGACUCGGUUUUGCACUGUCGCGUCCCUCGUCCAGCGCCGCACCUGUACCCAGGAGCACACGCCUGAUCCAGCUCCGUCGCUCGGCGUCGUGGCGUUCACGUGCUCAGUGUGGUGCGUGAGCCACGACGACGGCGUGAAAGCGACUGGGUCGUGUUUAGGAAUGGGGCGCGUCGUAUCUGCACUGUGAUGAAGUUGAAAGUGGCGUUACACUGGAAGAAGUUUAUUCCUGCUGAGAAACCUGUUCACACUCGCCGGUCUUCACGACCCGUUCUAUUCGUACGUGAUUGAAUUAUUUUUUUUGCACUCUGAUGUUUUUAUAAUGCGUUUCGAAUUCAUUUUAAGAGUUUUGUGCAUUUUUAUUGAUUUGUACUUUAUUUCCUCGGUCUGACUGACAUCUCGCUUUUCUCCUCUCCUCUGAUAAAGACUGCCACAGAAAUAAACAAAAUAUUCCGAAA